AUGCCCGCUCCCCAGUCCUGUGGCAGCUCUGGGGAUACAAAGGAGGAAGUCUCGGAGAAACCAAAGUCUGCUCCGACCGCAGAGAAAUACGGCUGGAUUAAGAAAAGCAGUGGGGGGCUCCUGGGAUUGUGGAAGGAUCGUUACAUCCAACUACGGAAAACGCAGCUUGUGGUCUAUGAGGAUGAGGAUGAACAGAAGUGCAUAGAAACAGUGGAGCUGGAGAGUUAUGACAAGUGCCAGGAACUGCGUGCGCUACUAAAAAAGAAAAACCGUUUCAUUUUAAUCCGCUCCCCGGGUAAGAAGGUUCAUGAUAUCAAAUUUCAAGCUCCAACUUUGGAAGAAAAGGAGUCGUGGAUAAAAGCUCUUAAUGAAGGGAUCAAUAGAGGCAAAAACAAAGUAUUUGAUGAGGUGAAAGUAGACGAGAGCCUUUCCUUGGACCAUGUAACUCGGGACAGAGUGAAGAUGACCCACGGACGCAGGCCACCCACAAGAAGUCACCUAAAGGAGGCUGCCAAGUCUACAUCAGAUGGUAUCCUACGACUAGAUCUGGAUAUAGUAGACAAUGGACCGCCAAACUUGGAUUCCACUAUCAGCGAAAGUGACAAUGCACCACCUCAGAAAGAAACUCCAAAGCCACCUAUGCCACCUACAAAACCCACUAGCACAAAAGAAAACCAAGAUGCAGAGGACAAUGUUCCUGACCAGGAACAUAAAAAACCUCUGUCUCCUCCGUUGCCUCCAGAUAAGAAGCUUAAGGAAGGCAUAGCAUUAAAGGACAUUGUAAAUGCCACGGAAGAGGACUCUGUAAGCCCCGAGGAGCAUGUGGAAGGAUCCGAAGCACCAAGUGAGGAGAACAGAGAGAACCUCAUUGAGGUCAGCAACAGGGUCGUAGCGAAAGCUCCAAUUCCUCUUCCUAAGAGUGUGCCAGACAAGCUAAAAGUAGCUUGGGACCAACCAGGCCCUGAGCCUAAAAACACAGAAGACUUGAAAUCAUCAGGAGAUAGUAGCAAAGACAACCUUGCUGAGAUUGCCGGUGCAGAUGUUACAAAGCCUCCUGUUCCUCCUAAGGUUCUGUCAGAAAAAAUGCUAGCCACAAUGAACUCCAGCCAUGGUGACCUGGAAGCUGGGGUUCAGGAAGACCUGGAGUCUGGCAGCUCCAAGCCCCCAGUGAAUGGGAUCUCAGCCAGUGAGGCGGCAGAGUCCACAUCCCCAACAGUUGAAACUGAAGAAGGAAAUGGGAGAACCUCUGCCGAGAAGGAACAGCAAACUUCAGCAGAAGAGACAGAGACUUCCUUAGCUACAGAAACAGGCCACGAGGGUGUAAAAGCAGCUAUUGAGAAGAAAGUGUCUGUGGAAAGAACUUCAUGUCUCAAACUUCGCAGUUCUUCUCUGGGAGACUUGCUGUCCGAUUUCAAAAAUACACAGAGAGCACUUCCAGGCCAAGGUUUCCCCGAGGAUUCCCAUCACUGCUUAGCUCAAAUGGAGGAGAAAGUUGCUAAUGAAAGGGAGAAGGCAGAAAAACUUCUGCAGAAGGUUUUACGUGAAGGGUUGGAACAGGCCCAGGAGGGGAAUGGAACCCCAAUGGUGGCAGAGACAUUGCUCAAUGAGGCAGUAGAACAACUUCGGCAAGCUACACAAGUUUUGCAAGAAAUUAAAGAAGAGAGAGAAAAAAGAGAACUGAAAAAAGAAGCAACACAGAAACAGAAAGAAAAGCAAAAGGAUCUAGUGACUCUUUACAGGAGAAGUGCUCCCUGACCUACUCUUCAAAGACACUUCUUUCUCAAAAUCAAAGCUAAACAUUUGCCAUUUAUGAUUUGUACCAUUGCUAGGCCAGUGUUUAAAAGGUGGUGUUUUGCUGUGCACGCACCUUGUUUAUGGGACAGAAUUGAGCUUUCAGUUAUAGCAUCUUUCUAUCUUUCUUCAUGCUGUACAUACCAGUCUGGUUCUAAUCCCCUUAGCACAGCAGAAGGUUAUAGGACAUUGAACGGUUUCGAAAAUGUGAAUGCUCUUUAAGGACUCUGUCCAAGUCCUUUCAAUGGAUCAGGCCUUAAAAGUUACUGGCAAUCAAACCAAGCCAGAUUUUUGAAAGGAGCAGAAUGGCUAUUCUAGCAAAAGCCCCUGUCUAUCUGUAUUUACAGACAAGCAGAUACCAGGUUACACUGGCGCCUAUCUGGUUUUCCUGGUUAAAUCAUUUAAGGAUAAAUGUAGUCAGUGUUUGUUCACUUGCUGGCAAGGUUUCCCAGACCACCUGGCCCUGUGACAUCUAGGAAUGUCAAGAUAAAUGGUUUAAUCUUCUCCAGAGAUACUCAUAAAACCACGUCCACAGUUAAAAACUGACCUCAUGCAGAGGCAAACAAAACUGGCCGACUCCUGACUGCAAGCAGUGUCCUCAGAUCUGGAGCAGCUGCACGAAGGCACUCUUCUGAGCGUGGCCGUGCAGAGCUUUAGGUGUGCUAAGCACUGCGUAAGUGAACGCACGUCUCAAUGCGUCAUUGCCAGGCAAGUAUUAAUUGUUCUUGCUUUAUUAAUACCGAAAUCGAGGCAAAGAACAGGUUACGCGUGGCCUUUGAAGAGGUGUCUUCUAGCAGCACAACACAUUGAUUAUCGAGGACCAUACCUAUCUGGUAACUUUGAGUCCCCUCAGGAACAAUCAGCCAGGAAUUUGGAGAACUUGUGUCCAGGAGAUUCCCAGGAGCUUCCCAGGAGAGCUGUCAUUAAGAAGCUUUAGGGACGUGUGUUCCCUUAGCCGUAGGCUCGCUCUCUGCGUUGUCUUGGGAUGUUAACUGACAUCACGUAGCAGGUCUGGAUGAGAUCCCUCUUCCUAUUUAACACGUCUCUACCUGCUGUGUCCUGGCUAGCCUGAGAGCCACGGUUUGGCACGGAUGUCUGUAAUUGGAGUAGAUGGAGGGAAAGGCAUUUUGCACGCACAACUUUGGGGCUGGUCCCAGUGGCUUAAGUAUAUUAAAAUAAAAAUGCAUCGCUACAGAAGGGUCUGAGAAAGACAUUGCAGAAGGCUCCGGCACAAUUCCCACGGGUUCCCUGCCCACCUGCUGAAAGCAGCCACGGUUCCCGUGGUCUUUAGUGAUUGCAGCUGUGAUAAAAUCAUGUCUUUGCACCACUCCUGUAUAGCGCCGUACCUGAGCUGGGUCCCCUCACCUAUUCUCUAUAGUUGCUCCGAGGAGAAUCAUAUGACAGCCCAAAGGCUGCCUCCUUUGCUUGAGCCAGGCUCUGGAAGCACAGAAAAGGGCAAUUUUCCCAGUCUGGUUUUAAGAAGUGAGGCGCUACCUAAGCUCUUUCCUCUCGUUUGCCUGCACUGCCCUCUUAGCUCACCCAUUUCUUUUUCUUCUGUUCUUUCUGUUAUAAUUUCCCAGGUUCCUCAAGGCUGCAAUGGGCUGCAAACAUCCCCCAUAGUAGCAGCCCAGUAAAGCUUCAUCUGAGCUGCUUCUUAGGCUAGGCAGUGGGCACUUCAGGCCCGAGCACAGAAAUAUUGGCUUUGGGCUUCCAAAUAUCCUAUUUUUCACCACCUGGAGCCACCAAGACAGCUAGUGCCUGGAACUGAUGCUUCUGCCUCUUGAUUAAAGCAGCCUUCGUUUCAGUGGUGUGUCCCCCUCUCAAGACAGCCAUAGACAUCGCGUGGGAAUUCACUUGUUAUUCUCUCAUGUAGAAAGUUCGACGCAGUCAAACACUCAGGGCUCAGGUGCCAAAAAGCUUUGCUUUGAGACAAAAAGAUUCCUACGUCCUAAGCCCACUCCCCAGCACACAGCCUGGAGCAAACUGUGGAUCUGUGUCAUUUGCUGCUGUAGAUUCAAUGUGAACCAUGGGUCUUAUUUGCCUUUCCAGAUGUACUUAGGACAAGGGCUAAUAACACAGACAAUAUUCAGUGCCUAUCUGCUAUCUAAAUGUUUUUUUCUGCAUGUGCACUUUUGUUUACCGAACACUGUGUGGUAUGAAUGUGAGCUGUCAGAACCUGGUGUGCACUGGAAGUCAAGGGACAUCAGCUUCCGAGAGCAAGCAGGCUUUUGCAAGAUGCAGUUCUAUAACAAGAGAGAAAUUAGAUGGGGGAAAAGCAGAUCACACUAACAAGAAGACACACAAACCAGGGCAAAUUCUGGGUACAGAUUCAUAUCCCAAAGCAGAAGCCAGGCCUAAACUCUGGGAUGGGCAAAUCAAAGCCUGGAACUGAAAACCCAGGAGAAUGAAAACAGCUUUUGGGAUAGCUCAGUCCCUAAUUUGUAUACAACUGCUUUUGCUCUCACAGGUGUUUUCUUGUGGUGAUGUGUUCUGUGGAUACCCAUCUGGCAAAGCGCUGAUGAAAAUACCCAGACAUCCUUAUCUGUUACAGCUAAACCUACAGGAUGUGCUUAUAUUUACUGUAUAUUUUUAUAUUAGACUGAAUAUUCUAAUGAUAAAUGUCUGACAUUUUACUGAAUACCCAUCAGUAGGAAUCUUAACAGAUAAAAAACCCUGUAUCUGUCAGGAAAUGGGCAAGUUAAAUCAUUUUACAAGCUACAGCUAAUUACUGUAUUUGCCAUACUAACAGAACUCACUAGAUUUGUAUGAUGUCUUGUAAAUAAGUAUAACUUAAGUGGAAUCUCCAUAGCACCCAGUAACUCUACUGCUGAAAAUGCUGUGUUAGAGGCUCUUUGGUUUUAACUAUUUUUUCUAAUAGGGUUAGCAGUUCAUCCUAAAAUGUCUAGCCCGGAUGUAAGCCUGAUUCAGCUGGACUUUGCAGGAAAAAAUGCAUCAUGUUCCUUCUGCAGUUUUCCCACUUGUUCUUCUCAUUCCAGCCUAGGGCUGGAAACAGCCUUCUGGGGUGUUUUUACAUGUUCCUCUGAAAAUGGCAGUGCUGGUCAGUCAGAGACAGGAUCCUGGUCUGCUCUGACCUCAUACAGCAACUCCCAUCAUCAGCGUACAUCCUGCCACCAUGCACUUUUUUGGUUUGGUUUUUUUUUUUUUUUUUUCAAUCUUCCUUUAAACUUACAUCUAAUUUCUGGGCUGCACUAAGGCUGGGGUUUUUUUGUGCCUGAAAACCCUCUGGGCAUGGAGCGCUGGGGUGUGGGUCUGUGUUUUCGGCUGUGCCACCAGGUUACAUGUCUGUGACAGGAAGGAAGUGAGUUUGCAAGCAAGCAAAUGUGGAUGACUAUCUGAAAAGCAGCUGCUGCAGCCCAUGGAAAGGCAGCACUUUGUCUCCUGCUUGUAAAGAGCUUUGAAAUUUGGCAAUAAAACCCCCUUUUAAGUAUCAGCUGUUUAAGAGCCAUUUGUCCUGAACAGGAGCAAAGGAGAGCCACCCAGAGUGGCACAGUGGGACUUUGCUCUGGAGGAGGCUGUGGUCAGUCUGGGGCGAGCUAGAUGCUGUGCUAACCGCAAGCCCGGAGGAAGGAGCAGUGCCGGGGGCUGCGGUUGGCACAGAGCUGGAGCUGGUGCUGCACACAGUGCAGUUCCUGAGCCAUCCCUGCCUGCCAGCUGGGCUGCUCUGGCCAGAAAGGACGGUCAAGGCCAGGAUCUGCUGCUUCUGGAAAGCAAAGGGAAGCAUCCUCAUUGCUGGAGACCUCCACCAAGCGCAGCCUCCAGCAGUGCUGUCCGGGCUGCCCUUAACAUCUUCACCUGGACUCUGGUGUCUGCAAAAUGUUGAGCUCGCUCAGCAGUCAUCCCCUUGGUGGUGAGCAAGACCAGAGCCUCAUUCCUCUGCCCAGAUGCCAGUAAGCUAUAGAGAGAAGCUGGUAUCAUAGUGACUGCUUCCCUUCUGCGAAAACUGGGUAGAAACUGGUCAGGAGGUUCUGAAGUUAUGAGGAAGCAGGGAAAAGAGUCCAAGUAUAUGCACCAUCCUAUUGCACAAGCUUGGCUUCAUUGGGCUAAAAAAAUGUGCUUAGCAAACUCUCUAACCCCUUGCUGGGAAAGAGGCUGUUCCUCAAAGGAAUCUCCAAGACACAGGGUUGAUUUCUACAGAUAUCCUGUAGAGAAAGGCACUCUUUCUCUUGCACUAAGAAAACAGACAACGCAUCACAUUCUGGCCUUAAAUUGAUGUUGGUAAGGAAGGGAAGCAUCUAGCACUAUGUGAAACAUGGUUUUAAAAAAACACAAGUAAAAACAUACAUAGUAUUGGCAUAUAAAACAUUUGCCUGACUGCUUGUAAUUCAAUGGAUAGUCAUGGGUUACUGGUUUGAAGAGACUGUGUUAUCGUGUAAUCUGAAAUAGAAAACGCAGGUCCUAGGUUCCGUCCAGCAAUCCCACAAAACUCAAUAAUUUGCAACUGAAAAAGAGCAGAAAGAGCUCUUCCAGUCCCAGGGUGCCAAAAGAUUUACUACAGCAUUGGCUAGUCUACUCGGAUGACUAUUCUUGCUAUUAAAACAAUGUGUGUUUUAUCUUAAAUAUGAGUCAUCAACAGUGAAGCUCUCCAAGAUUUCCCCUUUCCAGCUUAAGAGUUAGAAAAUUUGCAGGCACAGAAGAUAUCCACUGUGUUUAGAGACUGGAGAUCCCCAUUUUGUUAUGCAAGAUCACAUACUUCGGAAAGUUAGUGCUUAAUUUAUUCCAGGAAACUUAGUCACCGUGUUCUUCUAGCACCUUACCUCACAGCUAAGCAACCCACAAUACUCCUGUGACAACCACCGAUGUGACGUUACAAAGCAUUAACAAUUUCAUUCUCAACAGCAAUCCUGCUGCUUGAGGUCAAUGCGAGGUACUUUAAGCUGUGUAUUUUCCAUCCCCCCCUGGGUAUCAGAGACCCAGUCCCACCAGCUUCACUUCAGGGAGGAGCUGGAGGCUUUGCCCUCGCAUCUCCUGCUGGGGAGUGUCAGUCCCUCUGCCUGAGCUAGCCCAGCUGGGCAGUUCAGAGGCUGUAAAACACAACACAGGAGGAAACGGUGAAGGAAUCCUACCUUUGUGCAUCUUUACUAAAGAUGAUAUGUAAAGCACAGGUAUUCACACCUAUAGAAAAAAAAAAAAGAAAACUGUGGAAUAUUGCAAAAUGCCAUUUGUAAGAAGUUAUUACAGGAGGGGUGGCUGUCAACAGCUUAUCACAUCGACUGGGUUAAGGGAAAAAAAUGAAGUUGGCUUAAUUUGCAGCAAAACAAGAUUAAGACUUCUAUUUAGAAAAGUUUUCCAGGCACAGGGUGGAUGUAUUGUAGAAUGGGAUCCACAGGGGCACCUCCAUCACUGGGAUUUCUUAAGAGCAGGUAUGCAGGGAAGGUGGGUAUCUCUCACCCUCUUCCACAUAGAAAGGUGGAGGAAACUGUUGCCCAAGAUCCUUCCCAGCCAUAUGGUUUCUGCAGGACACUGGCAGAAGCCUCAGCAACCAGACUCAGGGGGCUAAAUAAACCUCACAGGCUAUUCAGGUCUUUAACCCUGUCUUCCCUCUCACAGGGGAGCUGUGGGAUGAUAAAUGUUGUGCCCCGGAAAUCCCCUGCCAACCCUGAUCACACCUCCUCAGCCUGGCCUGCUCUCCCCAGCUUUCUUCCCUUCUCCCCUCCUGCUCCAGAUUUCAGGUCUCGUCUCUCCCCACUUUCCCAUCUCAUGCCCCUUCUCUGCCAGAACAGCUGAUUCCUAGAAAGCUUGGUGCUGUGUUGAUAGAAGCUGUCCGUAAGUUUUAGUUGUGCCGCUGCCAAGAAAACCUCCUUACUCCUCACCCCUGUCGGAUUCAUGAGCCAGUUUCUACAUCCCCAUGAGGGAUAAGUUUACGCUUUGGAACAUGGGCAUUUUUCAAAGUCAGGAAAUGAAUAUUAAAACUAAUUUCUCAAAAUAAA